AUGCCUGACAUUGCUGUGGAGGAUGCCUCUUUACCUGAUUCUCCUCUUGUCCAGGAAGAGGACCUUACUCAUGCUUUUCCAGGUGGACUGACUGAUCCAUCAAUACUGCGGAGUUUCAAUAGUCAUGUCGCUGCAGCUGUUUGGCACGAGGAGUUAGCUCGUUGCACUUAUCGGUUCGUCAACAAGCUUCUAAUCUCCAAUUUUGUUGAGAGAUGGCAACCUGAGACGAACACAUUUCACAUGGCAGUUGGUGAGAUGGCCUUGACCCUGGAUGAUGUUGGCACUAUUCUUGGCCUUCUCAUUGUAGGCAAAUCAGUCAGCGUACCAGAUGUAACAGAUCAUCAUGGAGUUAUACUACUCGUUUAUGGCUUGGGGAUUACUGAACGUGCAGCGUAUGAAGAGGUUUCUACUGCUGGUGGCAAUUCAGUCAGGCUUGAGUGGUUGCGAAGUCAGUUUGCUGGUGUCACAGAUUCAGACCCCAAGAAGGCUACACAGUGCUCUGCUAGAGCUUAUUUGUUGUUUCUGUUGGGAUGUACACUCUUCAGUGACAAGAGUGGCGGCAGGGCUCCUGUUGUUUACUUUGACUUAUUGAUGGAUUUGGGAUUCAUUCAUACUUACGCCUGGGGUGCUGCUGCAUUAGUAUUUUUAUACAGACAGUUGGGGUAUGCUAGCCGAUCCAGGGUUAAGCAGAUGGGUGGUUAUAUGACUAUUUUGGAGGCGUGGAUUUAUGAGCACUUCCGUCCUCACCAGAACAUGGGCUACAAUGAAGACAUGCCACACGUGUACCAUAGGGCAUCUAGGAGAGAGGCGGGUUCCUCCAUUGAUCAUUUGAAAUCUUUUCUAGCCGAGCUUGAUAGUUUGGUAGCUACUGAUCGUAUUGCACAUGCACUGCAGAUUUCACAUCCUAUUAUUGACGCUAGUUAUGAGGAGGGGAUUCGACAUCCUUAUCGACUUUACCAGGCUAUCGAGAGUAUGACGCAUGUCCUUCAAGGUCAGCACAUUGACGAAGCUGGACCUAGUUAUACUAGAGGUCGCUUUCCAUCUUCGACAUUGACAUACAGUCGUAGGCCUAGGCGUAGGCAUACAGCUGAUUCGUGA